GCAAGCUACAGACAUGCGCAGUCCAAACGUCAUAUCUAUUUUAGUAGCAAGCUUUCGUGCGGGACAAGCUUACAGUGCCACGCUUUCAAAUCAAAUACACCGUCACUCGUAUAAUAUAAACGCCUUUUAAAUACGCGCUAGUUAAAUCUAUUAAAUUAUAAAUGGUUUUCCCAAUAAAAAUGUUGUUGACACGUGAAAAUAUCAAUUAUAGCACCUAAACGAGAUAAAUAUAAGUGUUAAAAUGCAGCAAUGCGCCAAAAGAUCGAUGUCAGUAUUCCCUGAUGCCAAAAUUUACAAAAUUUAGUGUAAAAUAUAUAAAAUGGAGCCCCUCAUAGAUAGAAACAACUUCGCUGUGAGCGCCAUGGUCACGGUGGCUAUGCAGAUACUGUUUUUCACGAUUGCCUCGCUGUCGCAGAGUGAUAAAGUUACAGAUUUUACUGGUGGUGCCAAUUUUAUCAUAAUAGCGUUGUUAACAUUUUUCCUCGGCCAAGGAGGAAGCACAUUAAAAAGCUAUGACAGCAGACAGCUUAUGGUUACAGCGUUCGUGUGUAUAUGGGGUGUGAGGCUUUCCGGAUAUCUUAUAUACAGAAUUUAUCAUAUCGGAAGAGAUAAACAAUUCGAAGAUCGUAAGAGCAAUACACUGAGGUUCGCUGUUUUUUACACUUUUCAAGCGGUAUGGGUCUAUAUUGUUAGUUUACCAGUCAUAAUCAUUAAUUCUCCUCAUCACUCAUAUCCGAAAGCUCCUAAAACAAUGACAACAUUAGACUCAGCUGGUGCGGGUGUGUUCGUAAUCGGUUUAUUAAUUGAGACCUAUGCAGAUCUACAAAAGUUCGCGUUUCGCCAAGAGCCAGCUAAUCAAGGAAGGUGGUGCAAUGAUGGUCUGUGGGGACUAUCCAGACAUCCAAACUAUUUUGGCGAAGUUGUACUUUGGUGGGGUAUAUUCAUAAUAUCUUUAAAUGUUAUCGAAGGUAUUGAAUAUAUUGCCGUAUUAUCGCCAUUAUUCACGACAGCUAUUAUAUUAUUCUUAUCUGGAAUACCGUUACUCGAACGAUCGGCGGACGAAAAAUACAGAGAUAACCCCGAUUAUUUAUAUUACAAAGCUUCCACGUCACCCUUUAUACCAAUACCGCCGGCUAUUUAUGUCGAGGUUCCAGGAUUUCUCAAGUGUAUGUUGUGCUGUGAAUUUCCAAUUUAUGAUUCCACAAGAGAAGAAUUUCCUGCCCCUACAAUUGUAACUGAGACCACUAGUAUAUCAAUGGUGCAAUCUCAAACAUAGCUAACAAACGCCGCGCGCGAUAGCGCUGCGGCAAAAGAAUCGAGCAAUCCAAAGAACCAAAGUAACCAAAAUUUGUGAUACAUGGCCGAGGAAAAACCUCAAAAGAAAUUGCCAAAUUCGUUGCCACUGAAACAAAAUAAUACUUUAGAUAUGAAUCGUUAUAAUAUUUAUAUGGAGAAUUUAAAACGUAGCAAAAAAGUUGCGCUAGGAUUAAUAGAUGAAACGAAAGAUAUUAUAGAAGGAAUCACAGUCGAAACCCCUAUAAAGGAAAUUAGAUUAAGAUCACCUAACGAUGAAGUAGAAUUAAGUGCACCCAGUACAAGUAGACAAGAAAAUAAAAGGCCUGCAGAAUAUGUAAAGUACGGGAAAAUUACUUUUAAUACUACUGCAAUAUUACAUCACUAUCCGCAAAUGCAGAAUAAAAAUUGUGCAGAUAAUUGUAAAGCGAGACAAUCGACCAGUUCAGUUAAAUCAGAUUUAAAUGUUAGUGAACU